AUGAGUGAACAAACCACAACCAGCUCCGCAAAUGGCCUCACGGCAACAUCCAAGCCCACCAAGCUCAAGGCAAGCUGUGACUUUUGUGCUUUGACCAAGGUGAAGUGCGAUAAAACGCGCCCACAAUGUCUACGAUGUACCAAGAGCGGCGUCAUGUGUCACUACAGCGAGACUCGACGCAUUGGAAAAGCUCGGCAACUCUAUGCUGCGUCUCACAAUAGUCCCAGAAACCCUACCAUGCAAGGGACUUGGCGUCCGGAGCAAUCGAACGCCCGGCAACAACCACAACAAGCUCCGAUGAACCUCACAGCCAGUGCCUCUCGUAGGAUGUCCAAUAGCCGGCCAUCCCUGCAUGACCAGUGUGGGCCAUCUGACUAUAUGAUGUCAAUGAACCUGUUCGACGAUUUUCUUUCUCAGGUCCCCGAAACGACACACCCGACGCUAAACCACGCAGGAUACCGAAGAACGAUGCCUUACUCGAUUGAAUGCGAGGGGGUGAUGUACCCAUUCCCUAGCCCCGAAUCGCCGGAGGGCCUGUUGCCGAGCCUCGAGGGGACGGGAGAAAUCGAAAUGGAGGACAUGGACUAUAUACAAGAGAUGGAGUUAGAAGGUAGACAGACACGGGACACCACAGCGAAGAGAGUUCUAAUGCCUACCGCACGGGGACACGGAGGACACUGCAUUAAGCGGGCAUCCACCGUGCUCCAGGUCCUCCAUGUGAUGAGGGCAUCCUGCACUUGGUCGGGCGGCCCACCAGUGAUCCCGGUGCGAACUUUGGAUGCGGCGCUUGAAAACAACCGCAUAGCAAUGGACACGGUGUGCGAGAUCUUGGAGUGCCCCUGCGCGCAUAGCAUGAGCGUUACACUCCUACUGGUUAUGAUCACGCACCACGUCAUGGAGUCGUACAGGGACAUCCUCGUACAACAGUCAAGUCCGCCUUCUCCUCGCGAGCACUCGGCACCGGGGACCGAUCUCCUCGCAGGCGACAUUCCCUUGGCCAUUGGUGGAUACCGUCUGGACAAUGAUAUGCGCACCAAGCUCAUUUUGCAGGUUAUCCGCUCCGAACUAGAAAAAAUGGCCUCGCUCUUCAAUACUUUCGCCCGAUACGCUGAGGGGAUGAGCAAGCAGCCUGAGGAGGCCGUGCUGGAUACUUAUAUCAAUGGUUUACAAGCGACACGAGACGAUAUUCUUCAGUCUCUCGAGAAAUAG